AUGCUAGCUUCAGUAGCAGGAGGAGUACUAUCUGGCUCUUCAUUGAAGAACAUGUGGGUUUUAUUCAACCAAUUCCAACUAUACUUGAUUCUUCCAUUUUUAAAAGCUGAACUUUCGUUAAAAUUUGCUCAAACUUUGGACGCACUUGACGAAAGUAUUUUUAAUAUCAACCUUCUGGAAAUAAAGAGUUUGUCAAUAUUUGAACCACUAAUUGAGUAUGUUGAUUAUGAAAACCCAUAUCAAGAGUUCAAAGACAAUGAGUAUGAAUCAGGGAGUGCCCUCAUCAACUGAUUUGAUUUCCUAUCUUAUCCAUUCGGAAUCACUAUUCUGGUUCUUCUUAUGCAUUUCCCAUUAAGAAUUAUCUGUAAGAAAAGAAAUAGUCCUUGCCUUAUGAAAAUUUACAGCUACUUUUGUGAUGCCUUCUACUUCCAGUUUUACUUGAGAUAUUUCAUUGAAGGCUUCCUGUUUAUUAGCCUGACUUCAGUCAGCGAGGUAUCUAGAGUCUCUGAUGCAUCACCUAAUCUGAUCUCAUACAGUAUAAGCGCUUUAAUAGUAGUUCUUCUGAUUUUGCUCAUGUGUCUGAUUCCUAUUUUGUAUUUCUCGGUGAAAAAUCCUUUUGAAAACAGAUAUGUCAAGGAGCUCUUUAAAGGAUUUAAGAAAAAUAGAUUGGCUCAACUCUACAAUUUUGCAUUUCUUUUGAGAAGAUUCUUACUAGUUGGAGUAAUUGUUGGGCUUAGGCCAAAUAAUUUAAUGCUCAGACUAUCAGUUUUUGCAAUUUUACAAAUUUUAAUCUUAAUUUUUACAAUAAUGGUGAGACACCAUGACGAGAAGUAUCCCAAUAUUAUUGAGGUCGUGAAUGAAGUAUCCUACUUAGUCAUAAUCCUGCUGAUAAUCUUUUACCAAAAGUCUGAAAUGACGAUUAUUGAAGAACUGUUGGACAACUCAAUUAUUGGGUCGUCAAUGCUAGUGUUUGUAAUUAGUAUCAUAAAUCUGAUUUAUCAGAUUACAUUGUCUUGAUGUCUGAAGAAGAAGAACAAAAUAACACCUUCUUCUAAAACGAUCUUGGAGAGGAAGAAUACCAAGAGCAUAAAUGAUAGUAAGAAGAAUCAGAUCACAUUAGGAGUGAGAAAACAAGCCGAAAAUAACAAAAACGAAGCUGAUCCUAAACCUGACGAUAAAACCAAGGCCAUAAACACUUCCUCUCUCCGAAGACUAAUGCCGCCCAAAGAAAUAACAGUCUACCCCCUAUUCAAAAAGUCCUCCUUCCCAACCCCAACACUCCUCACCCAGCCCCCUUGCUCCAGACCCCAAAUAAUAUCCUCCCUAAGACACCACAUAAAAUCCUCCUACCCCCAUAUACCAUAA